AACUAAUUAACCUUCAAAAUCAAAAUUCUCAUAUCUAUCUAUCCAUCGUCAUGUCAUCUACAAGAGAAACUAUUCAAGAUCCUUUGAAACCGGGGAAGUUUCUGGUUUUCCCAACAAUAAAACCGAGUGACCUUUUUUCUCUAUUCAUGAAGGCCACUCUUGCCAUUUUCGUUUUCCUUUCCAUCUAUCUCUUCUUCUACCACUCUUUUACAACGCAUAUUCAAGUCCACUCUUGCCCUCAAUGUGACGGAUUAAUCACUCAACAGAAAUUCAUCAACAUUGUUAAUACUAAUAACAAUACUUCCAUCAGUUAUGAUAAGACAAAUAUAUCCCACAUUUUGUUUGGUAUCGGCGGCUCAGCAAAGUCAUGGGACACCCGCCGGCAUUACUCUGACUUAUGGUGGAGGCCUAACAUUUCCCGUGGGUACGUUUGGCUGGAGGAGAAGCCGAACCGAACUUGGCCGGAGACAUCGCCACCGUACAAAGUCUCCGAGGACACAUCGAGGUUUAAAUACACUAGCUGGUACGGUUCACGCUCUGCUGUUCGUAUUGCUCGUAUUGUGAAAGAAAGUUUCGAGCUUGGAUUGGAUAAUGUAAGGUGGUUCGUUAUGGGAGACGACGACACAGUUUUUUUUGUGGAGAACUUGAUCACCGUGUUAGGGAAAUAUGAUCAUAAUCAGAUGUAUUACAUUGGUGCCAAUAGUGAGAGUAUUGAGCAGGAUAUUAUACAUUCCUACACCAUGGCUUACGGUGGCGGCGGCUUCGCUAUCAGCUACCCUUUAGCCGCUGAGCUCGUGAGGGUUUUAGAUGGAUGCAUUGAUCGAUACGCGUCGUUUUAUGGGUCUGAUCAGAAAGUACAAGGUUGCAUGGCUGAGAUCGGUGUACCCGUUACUAAAGAACUUGGUUUUCAUCAGGUUGAUAUAAGAGGGAACCCGUAUGGCUUACUGGCGGCGCACCCACUGGCUCCAUUGGUGUCACUACAUCAUUUGGACUACGUGGAAACUAUUUUUCCGCAAAUGUCUCAGAUUGACUCACUCAAGAAGUUAAUUAGUGCAUACAAAAUGGACCCUGAUCGGGCUCUGCAGCAUAGUUUCUGUUAUGAUUUUAGCCGAAACUGGUCCGUUUCUGUGUCUUGGGGUUACACGGUGCAGUUGUAUCCAUCCUUGGUGACGGCAAAGAAGCUGGAAACAGCAUUUUCGACGUUUAAGACAUGGAGGAGUUGGAGCGACGAGCCAUUCCAGUUUAACACCCAAGUCAUGAGCCCUGACCCGUGUGAAAGACCGCUUAUUUAUUUGUUGGAUCGGGUUGAGAAGGUUGGAAAGGACAAGACCUUGACGACGUACAAAAGAUUCAUAAAUGAAAAUGAAGAAAUUUGUGAUGGACUUGACUAUGCUCCGGCUUUGGCCGUCCAAUCUUUCAUCAUCUAUGCCUCCACAUUGACACCUGACGUUUGGAAAAUGCCUCCAAGGCAGUUUUUCCCUAUAUUGAUUGCUGCUGGGAAAAGGUUGGGGAGCCCCUUUCCAGAAAAAGCGGGAGCCUUGUGCAUUGAUUAUCGGGCGCUCAACAAGACUUCUUCGCCCGCGCGAGAUACUUCUCGAAGUUGGAUCUACGGCGGGAUACUACCAGGUGCGUAUCGCGGAAGGAGACGAGCCAAAGACGACCUGUGUGACAAGCAAGCAACCUUACUAAUAAAGGGGCCUUUUCUUGCUCGUUAG